UCGCCUUACCUUCAGUGCGGGCUGGCUUUAGCCCCGCCUCCGUCUUCCCGAUACUUAAAGCGGUUGGUUGCUCUCCUGUCAGUCAGAGGAGCGGUCAGACAAUUGGCUCGCGGGCCUCUUCGAAGGUUUCUUUCGCUGGCGAUUGUCAGCUUGGCUGUAGGCUGCACAAGUGCCUUUUACUUUGAGGUGGAGGAUGUCGGACAGCAGCCUCGCAGAGCGCGGCGACAGGAGCGAGGAGCAGGUGUCUGGCGCUGAAGUCGUAGCCCAGGCCCUGAAAACGCAAGGUGUGGAGUACAUGUUUGGCAUCGUAGGCAUCCCAGUGACCGAAAUCGCCGUGGCUGCGCAGGGCCUGGGUAUCAGGUACAUUGGCAUGAGGAACGAGCAAGCGGCUUGUUAUGCAGCUUCUGCCAUUGGAUAUCUGACAGGCAGGCCAGGAGUAUGCCUUGUGGUUUCUGGCCCAGGUCUCAUCCACGCCUUGGGUGGUAUGGCAAAUGCAAACAUGAACUGUUGGCCCUUGCUUGUGAUCGGUGGUUCCUCUGAAAGAAGUCAGGAAACAAUGGGAGCCUUCCAGGAGUUUCCUCAGGUUGAAGCUUGUAGAUUAUAUAGCAAGUUCUCUGCCCGGCCAAGCAGCAUAGAAGCUAUUCCCUCUCUUAUUGAAAAGGCCGUGAGAAGCAGCAUUUAUGGCUGUCCAGGUGCAUGCUAUGUUGACAUACCUGCAGAUUUUGUAAACCUCCAGGUGAACGCAAAUUCUAUAAAGUACGUGGAGUGCUGCAUGCCACCUCCUGUUAGCAUGGCAGAAACCUCUGCUGUAUGUAUGGCAGCAUCUGUUCUCAGGAAUGCGAAGCAGCCUCUUCUUAUCAUUGGGAAAGGUGCUGCGUAUGCCCACGCAGAGGAGAGUAUUGGGAAAUUGGUUGAACAAUGUAAAUUGCCAUUUUUGCCCACCCCCAUGGGAAAGGGUGUUGUCCCUGACAACCAUCCGAACUGUGUCAGUGCGGCUAGAUCCAGGGCUUUACAAUUUGCUGACGUAAUUGUGUUAUUUGGUGCAAGAUUAAAUUGGAUUUUGCAUUUUGGACUGCCUCCACGAUAUCAACCAGAUGUGAAGUUUAUCCAGGUUGAUAUCCGUGCAGAAGAGUUGGGGAAUAAUGUAAGGCCUGCUGUCGCUUUGCUUGGAGACAUAAAUGCCGUAACUAAACAGCUUUUGGAACAAUUUGAUAAAACACCGUGGCAGUAUCCUCCAGAGAGCACAUGGUGGAAAACUCUAAGGGAAAAAAUGAAGAGCAAUGAAGCUGCAUCCAAGGAAUUAGCUUCCAAAAUAUCUCUACCUAUGAAUUAUUACACAGUAUUCUACCAUAUUCAAGAGCGACUACCCAGAGACUGUGUUGUGGUAAGCGAGGGAGCAAACACUAUGGACAUUGGACGCACUGUGCUUCAGAACUACCUUCCUCGUCACAGGCUUGAUGCUGGUACUUUCGGAACAAUGGGAGUCGGUUUGGGAUUUGCCAUUGCAGCCGCUAUAGUGGCUAAAGAUAGAAACCCAGAGCAGCGGGUCAUCUGUGUGGAAGGAGACAGUGCAUUUGGGUUUUCUGGCAUGGAAGUGGAAACCAUCUGCAGGUACAACCUGCCGAUCAUACUCUUGGUGGUGAAUAAUAAUGGAAUUUACCAGGGUGUUGAUGCAGGUACUUGGAAGGAGAUGUUAAAUUUUGGAGAAACUGCUACCGUGGCCCCUCCGUUGUCUCUUCUGCCGAACUCCCAUUAUGAGCAGGUCAUGACAGCAUUUGGGGGCAAAGGGUAUUUUGUACAAACACCAGAGGAACUCCAAAAAUCCCUGAGGCAGAGUCUGGCAGACACAACUCAGCCCUCUCUUAUCAACAUCAUGAUUGAGCCACAAGCCACGCGGAAGGCCCAGGAUUUUCACUGGCUGACCCGCUCUAAUAUAUGAAUAAAGAUGCCAGUGGGUGGUCUUGAGGAGUCUUCUCUUUCGUGCAAGAUGGAAUUUAUUUUCCACAGCAAAAUUACUAGCAUGUUAAGAUUGUAAAAAGAAAAAAAAAAUUUCUAAAAAGACAUUUUAUAGUAAAGGAAUUAAUUAAAACAAAGAAAAAAUUACCAGUAUUCUAUCGCCAAAACAACCAUUUGAAGAUGAAAAAAGUGGAGGGAUUUUAUUAAACAAUACCAUAGUGACUGCCUAACUGUGGUUUACACAUUGCUAUUCUUUUAUAUGAAUCCAUUCUUAAAGCUACAUAUCUUUCAAAAACGUCUUCCACAAGCAGGCAUCCAAGGCACGAGAAUUGGUCUCUAUUCACUUCACGCAACAGAGGAAGAAGGAGAGUCAGGAAUAGGAGGAGGACAUGGAAUAUGUGGCAUGUCCAUGAACAACUGCCUCCUUUGCCAGGAGACCAGAAAAAGUAGAUGGUGCCCGCCUGUCAUUACUGAACAUUUUAUUGAAAGAUUUUACAGAAGAAUCCUGACCAAAAGGGGGAAAAUGCAGAACAGAAUUUCAAAUUCUCAUGGACUCUAGACUUUAUGGAGCUAUGAAGGGUGGGUGAACCUCUGAUGCUGUUACCCAGAGGUAGUCUUUAAACCUUAAACUAAAAGUAUUCCCUUAAACAUGAACUUAAAACUGAAUAGUAAAUUAGCUUAACUGUGUAAAAAGUUUCCUGCCUGGAGCAUAAUGCCCUUUUAAGAACUAGAUAUGUGGGGUCAAAUUGACAACAGCAACUCAGAAGAUUAGAUGGGCACCUUAGGGAACAGUGGGUUUAUGUUAAUAAGGGAAGAACAACUCAGAAAAGGAGGAUGAGAAUGGUUGCACAACUUGAAGAAUGUAAUUAAUGUCACUAAAUUGUACAUGUAGAAACUGUUGAAAUGGUGUAUGUUUUGUAGUGUAUAUUCCCAAAAACAACAAAAUAAAUAAAACCUAAAAAUUUUUAGAAAAUCUCCCAAAGAAAAAACUCCAAGAAUUGUUUAAUAUAGAGACAUGUGUCUUCGUCAUCUAGUGCAGCUAUAACAGAAAUACCACAAGUGGAUGGCUUUAACAAAGAGAAAUUUAUUUUCUCACAGUCUCAGGCUGGAAGUCCAAAUUCAGGGCAUUAGCUCCAGGGGCAGGCUUUCUUUCUGUUGGGUCUGGAGAAAGGCCCUUAUCAUCAGUCUUCCCCUGGACUAGGAGCUUCUCUGCGCAGGAAACCCUGAUCCAAAGGACGUGCUCUGCUCCUGGUGCUGCUUUUUUGGUGGUACGAAGUCCCCCCCCCCCUCUGCUCACUUCCCUCUCCUUUGAUCUCUUAUAAGAUAAAAGGUGGUGCAGGCCACAACCCAGGAAAACUCCCCUUACGUUGGAUCAGGGAUGCGACCUGAGCAAGGGUGUUACAUCCUACCAUAAUCCUCCUUAGCAUAAUCCAAUCUUGCCUCAUUAACCACAGGCAGAGAUUAGUAUUUACAAUUCAUAGGAAAAUCACAUCAGAUGACAAAAUGGACAAUCACACAAUACUGGGAAUCAUGGUCUCGUCAAAUAGAUACACAUCUUUUUGGGGGACACAAUUCAAUCCAUGACAACAUGUUCAGUGAAUUGAGGUACUCGGACUAUUUCUACUUCAUAUUUUGUCUGUUGGCCACUUGGUGCUACAGUAUCUGCCUUAUUUAAUGGUGCUUUAUUCUACAUUUCAUGAGUUUUUUUUUUUUUUCUGGAACUUACUGAGUCAAAAGAGAAAUCAUAGCACACUCAAACUAUUAAUGGUAGGGUAUAUUUAGAUUAGCACCCAUAGUUUAUGCAUGCUUUGAAAAACCACAUUGGGACAAAUAGUUAAUAGCCUUAAUGUAUUAAAAACUUUUAUAAAUAAGAACAUAUUGAUUUACCGUUAAAGUACAGGCAAAAGGCAUGAAUGUAUAAUUCACAAAAGUACAAAUUAUCAAUAAAAAUAUGAAU